CCAGUGUCACUGCAGAUUGUUCCAUGUGUUUCUGUCAGUAUGUCAGUUAGGGAUCACACCUCGGCUGUACAUCAGCUGCGGGCACCUGCAGCUUUAGGACCCAUUUUCAAAUCUCGAUUCCAGUUUGGAGGAUCUCCACUGCCACCAUGUCAACAUCUGUACAGGUGGAGCCCGUCAUGGAGAGGAGCUACGGAGGCAUCGGCCGCUGCAAGUGCUCAUUCUGGUUCGCAGUGGCCCACGACAUACUCGGCAUCUUCAUCAUGAUGGUGGGGGUGUUCGGGGGGCUGGCCAUCCACGACCUGUUCAUCUACGCCGGGGCCAUCGUCAUCUUCCUCAGCCUGAUCUGGUGGGUGUUCUGGUACUCCGGGAACAUAGACGUGCCACCGGAGGAGCUGGAGGACGACGUGGGCAUGAUCAAGCUGAAGAACCACAGACUCAGUCGGGUGGUGAGGCGCGUGUCCAGCCGUCUCUCCAGCGGGAUCAGGAACUCCUUCAGAAAGAACGGCAGGUCCGUCAGAGAGGGCAACGGCAGACCCUCACACGCUGGCACAGACAUGAGGAUCUCCACCGUACAUGACAGCACCCUCGCCUCCUCGUCCAAAGAACUUGAGAUGGAGACGCUGUCAAUAUGAGCUGAUGCAUUACAGUCACCAAGAGACACUGAACUUGGAUCUUUAUACUUGUUUUGCUCGUCUGUUUAUUCUGCGGAGUGGAAUUCUGUUUUUUUGCUCCGGUGACAUUCACUAGUAAUGAUUGCAACACUAAAAACUAGAUAAGAUCCACAUCUUCUUAUCUUCCCGCUGAUAAGAGGAAAACUUUGCACACUAUACGAGUUUUGCAAGUGACACUGAUUCAAAGACCACAGCUUUCUAAUCUGGCACUGUUUUUGUUUUGAGUCGUGUUUGGUUUAUUCAUAGACUUUGAAGAGUUUCUACAGUACUUAAUUCAUUUAUGUAUAUUUGUUAAUUAAAACUUCGUAAUCACUGUUUUAUCUACUGUCUAACAGAAAAAACACAGUGAAACUAAAUCAGCUCUCUUUAACCUCACUGAAAAGCUCCCGGAGGUUUCAAGUGUCAUACAGUGUAUUUUGAAUAUAUGUGGAGACUAGACCAUGAUUGGCUGUCACAAUAUUUGUGAUGUCACUAAUUGUGCUGGAAUGCAUGAUCCACAGCAAAGUUUGAGAGAAAUACAAAUAAAUACACCUCUUCUGCAAAAGAAUGGGAAGGAGCUUAUCAUUGACAUACUCACGCACGCACGCAUGCGUAUUAACCCAUUGUGUGUUUUAAACGUGUAAAUCCCCUGACGUUUUAAUAAAUAUGAAAAGCACUUUAAAAUAUCAGCUUACAGUCUCAGAGUGUCCAACAAUUUUUCAGCAGCUUUUGAAAAAAACAACUGGUUUGUUUGUUAUCUUCUAAUAAAACCAGAUAGAUAGAUACAUAGAUACAUAGAUAGAUAGAUAGAUAGAUAGAUAGAUAGAUAGGUAGAUAGAUACUUUGUUGAUCCAGAGUUGGGAAAUUCCGGUACUACAUCACACACAGCCGUAGUUGUAGUCCUAAUCACACACUGUAAAUAUGAUGCUGUCAUCUGAUUGGUCUCACAUCACUGCCAAUUUAAUAAAAAACUGUAUAAAAUA